UUUGCACCACCACCGAAACGAGCCGGUUUUCCCGCGCAUUUUCUUUUGCUGUCCUUUGAUAUAUUUGCCUGACGAGGGGUAUUUAUUUUUUGAAGAACCGGCGCAACGUUUAGUAAGACAUUGGCUCAACCGAAGGACAAUUGCCAUUUUAGACACAGUCGCUAAAAUUGUGAAAUUGUGCACAAAAAACGUCCGGAUUUAGAAAAUACUACACAAACACACACACAUUUUCCUAAACGAUUAUGCCGCGUCGCAAAGCACUUGCAAACAACAGCAAUGCUGGUGUAGAUUUAAAUGAAACGGGUCCAACAGCGGCUAAAAGGGGACGCUUGGUAUUUCAUUUAGAAUUGCCAAAGCGUCGCGAGGUGAUUGGCAAUGUGUUGGUGUGUGGCACCGGCGACACUGGGCAGCUGGGACUUGGCGAGGACAUUCUCGAACGCACACGCUUGACUGUCGUCGAGAACAUACCGAAUCCUGUUGAUAUCUCUGCUGGUGGCAUGCAUUGUUUGGUGUUGUCCAAAGGUGGCGAUGUCUACUCGUUUGGUUGCAACGAUGAGGGUGCUCUUGGACGCGAUACCAGCGGAGAAGGCGCCGAGGCGCUGCCGGCGCGGAUUAAUUUGCCUGGUAAAGCGCUGUGCAUAUCAGCGGGAGAUUCGCACUCGGCUUGCCUGCUGGAGGAUGGUCGUGUCUUUGCGUGGGGCUCGUUCCGCGAUUCGCAUGGCAAUAUGGGUCUUACCAUUGAUGGAAACAAGCGAAUGCCUAUUAAUCUGCUUGAGGGCAUAACGUGCUGCAGCAUAGCCUCUGGCGCUGAUCAUUUGGUUAUCCUCACAACAUCAGGCAAAGUUUAUACAGUUGGUUGCGCAGAGCAGGGACAGCUGGGACGUAUAUCAGAGCGUUCGGUAUCGGGCGAAGGGCGUCGAGGCAAGCGUGACUUACUACGGCCCGAUCAACUUAUGUUGAAACGGGCAAAACCUAUAGAAGCCAUUUGGGCCACAAACUAUUGUACAUUUUUGCGGGAAUCCCAGACAGAGACAAUCUGGGCCGUGGGACUGAACAAUUAUCGGCAGCUAGUGCAUGACCAGGAAGCUGAUCGAGUACUGAUUCCAAUUAAGACCCAGUUGAAGGAUGUCAAGCAAAUAUCUGGUGGCCAACAUCACACACUGGUACUGGACAACAGUUUGCGUUGUUUUGCUGUGGGGCGGCCAGAAUACGGACGCCUUGGAUUGGGCCCUAUAAAAGAUGUGGUGGGCCAGCUGACGCCAGUUAAAGUACUCGGUGAAAAGAAGAUUACAUAUAUAGGCUGUGGCGAAGCCUGCUCGUAUGCCAUAACGGACACUGGCGAGUUAUUUUCCUGGGGCAUGGGCUCAAACAAUCAGUUGGGUGUUGGCGAUGGCGACGAUGAACUGGUGCCGGUACUUGUUAGCAGCAAAAAUACACAGAACAAGCGCAUGCUGCUCGCUGCUGGUGGUGGUCAACACAGCAUUUUCCUUGUCGAGGUCGAUGUGCAACAGGAGCAGAAAGAAAAUGUGCCUGCCCAGAAGACGACGGCCAUUAAGGACAAGGGAGCGGCUGCUAAGGAAAAAUCAUUGCCGGAUGCUGAACGAAACGAGCCCAGUACUUCAGGGGAUGCUGUUAAACCACCCGCAAAGCGCGGACGUAAGAAGACUAAAGACUAAAAAAUCAUAGUCAUUACUACAUUUCAUUACAAGGCGUCAUGGUCGUCCGGUGUAAUGAAAACGUUGACCAUCCUUGGUUACUUUUUGUACUUUGCUUAUUAAUACGCUUACUGAACUAAAAAUGUUAAUUUUUUGUUUUACAAUCUUGUUUUAAAUACGAAACCAUAGUUAAUUUGUAUUUAAAAUUAUUACUCAUGUAGAUCCGUUUUCGCAGAUGCUAAAAGAACAAAAGAUUUACUAACAAACUAUACCAUCAUAAGCUACUUUCUAAAUUUUGCUAUUUGCUCUCACUUUUGAUUCAAAUUCCAAAGGAUUUGUGCGACUUCUGUAAACCCUCUAAUUGAUUAUUUUCCUUGCUUUCUCUAUUAUAUUUUUUACUUUAAAUUCGUUGUAAAGGCGAAGCUGUAGUUAAUUUGUAUUUAGACGCCGUGUGAGCCGCUGGUUAAGAAAUGAAACAAAGAAAUUUGUUUACAAACUAAUCAACUUUUUUUAUAAUAAUAUUGUAGUUUACAUACACGAAUAUAAAUAUGUACGUACAUUCGCUAUAAAUUCUUUGCUAAAGCAGGUUUACAAAGCAAUGGAGAGUUAAGAUUAGGUUAUAACACAAAUAUGACGACAGAGAUGGUUCCUCGGCCUCAAAAUGGAGAUUUAUCCAAACUAGUCUUUGACUGGCAGUAACACAAACGGCAAAAUGCUAAAUAAACACCACCACCUACUUAACAUCAUACAAAAAA